AUGGGUGUCACAAACAAGAAGACCCUGACCAAGACACGGAGAAAGACGAGGGAUGUUGAUCAAAUCAAGGCCGAUAUGCGCUCGCCGAGGCACCUGCAGCUCUACAAAAACACCAAAGCAAAGGAAGAUCUCCCCGGGUUGGGCCAGCACUACUGCGUCGAAUGCGCCAAGUGGUUCGAGACCGAGGUCAGCCUCGUCGGCCACCACAGAGGCAAGCCUCACAAGCGCAGAGUCAAGCAGCUGAAGGAGGAACCCUACACCCAAAAGGACGCCGAGGCUGCCGUCGGUCUCCGAACAGACAACAGGGGCGUUAAUAAGGACGGCCCAGAGAAGGCACUCGACCAAGAGAUUGAUAUGGAGACUUGA